AAAAGCUUAAAAAAAAAUAAAUUUCUCAUCUAUAAAAAGAAAAAAAGGACAACAACAAAGAAAAGUUCAUAAAUAAAUCAACAUUUUUACACAUUGUCCUGUAUCCUUUGAUGAUUUUCAGUGCCAUCUGACGCUGAAGUCUUCUAAAGUUUUUCUAAUUUUUUUGUGCAUUUAAAGGUUGAGACCUAACACAUAAGUCAUGAUUGGUGCUAUUGCUCAUUUAUAAAUGACUUCGACAUCGGUGUCCAGGCCCCAAUGCACCUUGCUGAGCGAGACAGCAUGAAUGUGAAGACCUCUUGGAGCAGCCAUAAGAUGUCGACGACGACGAUGACGACGACUCCGCCGCCGCCGCCCCCGGUUUCGACGCCGGCGCCCGCCCCGGCCACUUCGCCGACGAUGGGGAAAGAAUCGCCUCUGAAGAGACAGCUGAGGGACCGGAAGGAGAGGAAGGCCUAUGUCGACGAUUGGGCGAUAGCCGAAGACGAAUUGGAAGGUAAAAGGUCAUUUUGCCUCCAAGAGAAACUCAAUUCCGACGCUUACAGUCAGUCUUACGUGAGGGAAAUGAACGGAGCCGACUUCUCAGUCACUUACCUUCAGAGACACGGCUUCAACACCCCGCUUCUCUUCAAGGAGAAGAUCGGCUUAGGACUUCACGUCCCGAGUCAGAGUUUCACCGUCAACGACGUGAGGACGUGCGUCGGUUCGAGGAGGACCCUCGACGUCAUGGACGUCAACACGCAGAAAAAUUUCGAAAUGUCCAUGAAAGAAUGGCAGAGGUACUACGAAGACCCUAACAAGGAGAAACUCCUCAACGUCAUAUCCUUGGAGUUCAGCCACACGAAACUGGAGAAUUACAUCCAGACGCCUUCGAUCGUACGACAGAUCGACUGGGUCGACUGUGUCUGGCCGAGGCAUUUGAAAGAAGCUCAGACUGAAUCUACCAACGCGAUUGACGAAAUGUUCUACCCUAAAGUUCAGAAGUAUUGCCUUAUGUCGGUGAAAGGUUGUUACACCGAUUUUCACGUAGACUUUGGAGGUUCGUCCGUUUGGUACCACAUCUUAAGAGGUAGCAAAGUCUUUUGGCUCAUACCGCCGACAGAGCACAACAUAAAGCUUUUUGAACAGUGGGUGCUCUCUGGGAAACAGAGUGACAUAUUCUUUGGUGAUACCGUGGAGAAAUGUAGUAGAAUCACUUUAAUGGAAGGGCACACAUUUUUUAUUCCAACGGGUUGGAUUCAUGCUGUAUACACUCCAAAAGACUCGCUCGUUUUUGGUGGAAACUUCCUUCACUCGUACGGCAUCGAUAAACAGAUAAGAAUAGCUACUGUCGAAGAGACUACCCACGUUCCUCAAAAGUUUAGAUAUCCGUUUUUUACAGAAAUGCUAUGGUAUGUUUUAGUCAGGUAUGUACAUGUCCUUUUGGGAAGGUCGCACCUGAGAGAUUGCCCUGAAGCCGAACCUCCUACCAAACAUAUCCAUCUUACCGCUCUCGAACUACACGGAAUCAAAGCCAUAGUCACUUACCUUCAUUCUCUGCCUACCAACAAAAAGAAUAUCCCAGAACUCAUUGUCGACCCUGUUGCCCUUAUCAAAGAUGUGAGGACGCUCGUUGAACAGCACAGGCAUGACAUACCAGAGUUUUCAGUGACGGGUUUCCCCGUAUUAUGCAAUCCGGGGAUUAAAUACAGUGAACGGAGAUUACCUUUGAUGAAGGGUCUCGGCAUGGGACACGGUAAAAUGAAAAGGCUCGGCAUGAAAACCCCUUCCCUCGGUGCUAAAGCCAAAACAAAAGCUGGUCCCAGGCGCCGCAGGACGAGAUGCAAAAAAUGUGCCGCUUGCCAUCAGAGUGACUGCGGAGAGUGUGUAUUCUGCCAAGAUAUGGUCAAAUUCGGCGGUUCAGGCCGAGCGAAACAAACUUGUAUUAUGAGACAGUGUCUUCAGCCUAUGCUUCCUGUUACAGCUGCUUGUUCUGUCUGCGGUUUAGACGGCUGGGGCCAGCAAUUGGCUCUUCCUGUCCACAAAAUGGCCAAGGACGCUCCGAGUUCGUUGAUGGAAUGUUCGGUCUGUUAUGAAAUUCUUCAUCCCGACUGUGUUGAGAAAAUUUGCCCAGAGCAUAAAGGACAAGUCAACGAAGACCUGCCUAAUUCCUGGGAAUGUCCCAAGUGUGUACGCGAUGGAAAAAAUACCGAAUAUAGACCGAGGCAUUUUAGAGCGCGUAGAAAAUGGGACCAGAGGAGAAAAUCUGCAAAUAGUGAUGGCGGUCCUCCUAUGAAACGAGGUCAUAACGAGUUUUCCGACAGCGACAGAGGGGACAGCGAUAGUGACAUGGAUGAGAAAAAAGUGCAGUUGUUGAAAAACGAAGACGAAUUGAAAAAUGAAGAUGACAACAAUAGCUCUGGCCGUUGGUCUGACAAACAAAAUGACUCUGCUAUCGCCCAAAGAAGAAACAGUGUAGAUUCCGAUUCAGCUCCAUCAAGUCCUCCCAACUCACCCACACCUUCCUCAUAAUUUCCAUAAAGACCUGAAGCAUGUGAUAACUAUAUAAACUCUUACCCAGA